UCAGAAAGAUAUAGAUUGCGAAAAAAUAACAUAAACACUUCACACAAACACCAUGAGCGAAGCAAAUGUAGACGAUGUGGCCAAAAACAAAUACGAAAUGAUGGUACAAGAUGGAAAGAACAGAACAAAGAUAUACUGCCAAAGAUGUCCAUCUAUUAUUCUUCUACCACAGAAAGCCAUCAUGAAGGAAAAAGAGCUGUUUCUUCCUCAUAUGAAAAAGAAGCCGAAUGCAGCACCCGAGGAUGGGGAAACACUGAAAGAAUUCUGGCUGGUGGAGGAUAUGUUUACCUUUGAAAACCUUGGCUUCACAAACACUGUGGAUAACAUUAAAUACCUUAUAUGUGCAGAUUGUGAAGUUGGACCAAUAGGCGUGCACGACACGCGACAGAAUAAACACUUUUACAUCGCACUGGACCGGGUGAAACAUGCAGACUAGAACACUACUUAAUUAAAACAUCAGUUUUGUCGGGGUUGAAAAUUGAUUUUUACCCUGGGUUCAGGAAAAACUACAUUCUGAUCACCCAUUUGUAUUAUUGACCAAAAAAGAAUGUUUGAAAUUUAAAUUGUGCUGCAAUUUCUAGCUCACCUGGUCCAAAUUAAAGGGCCGGUUAGCUUAUAUGGCAUGGCACAGCAUCCGUCGUCCAUUGUCUGUCACCAUUUCCAAAAAUAACAAUUUGUCAUGAACGAUUAAGUGGAUUUUGAUCAAAUUUUGUCUUAAUCAUCCUUGGAUGAAUCGGAACUAGUCUGUCUAUACAGUGUGUUUGACCCACAAGGGGCCUGAGGGGCAGGGUUCAAUAGGAGAAAUAAAGCAAAUUUUUCAAAAUUCUUCUUCUGUAGGAAUGAAAGGAUUCGGUCCAUAUAUGGCUUGAAUCAUCUUUGAGAGAAUAUUAACCAAUUUAAUAUAAAUGGUGAGUCUGGCCCCAAGGGGCAGGGCCCAAAGGGAGAAAUAUAGCAAAUUCUUUAAAAUCCUUUUUCUUCUGUAAGAAUGAGAGGGUUGGGUCCAAAUUUGGCUACUUUGUUGUGUGGGAUAUGUAGCCACACAAAGGGACCCUUGCUGGCCUGUCAGUUUUCCAGUUUGUUUUUAAUUGUCUUUGGAACUAGCACAUUUAUGUUAGUUAAAAGAAAAUAUUGACAGAAAUACAUGGCACUGAGAGACGGAUCCCAAAAUGGGAAAAGUAUUUGUAAUAUAAGUUAUGAGUGUUUUCCCUUAAUUACAUAAAUGCCCAGGUGAGUGAUACAGACCCCAUGGGCAUCUUGUUUUGUAAAUGACAUACAAAUUGUGUUCUUAGUAAAAUUUGUGUAAUUAA